UGCGACUCUCAAGUCUCAAGCCUCAACCCAGUCCUCUCUCCAAAACCAAAACAGAGAAAGGAUACAAUGGCAUUGGCAGAUAAUUGACUUAGCCAGAGCAUUUUGCCUUGGAUGAUUAUAGAUUGUCGUAUCUGAAGUUCCUGUUCAGAAUAUUGCAGCCGGAAUUGUAGGAUGGUUGAGUCUGCUGCACCAGAUGAAGCCACCAUGGUGGAAGUCAAAUUAAGUGACAAUGUGGCUAUACAUCCAGCAGAAAAGCGCGGACAACUGGAACAGAAGAGUAACGAGAGCUUGGUUAAAAAGAAGAAAUCUCUUCGAGCCCGUUAUGCUUAUGGCAUGAUUUUCUUGAUAAUAAAUCUUACAGCUUGGUUCUUUCGUGACUAUGGAGAAAAGAUUCUCCCUCUACUUCACUAUUCAAAAGCAUGUAGAGUUGGACAAACUGGUUGCUUUCACACGCUCGGUGUUCUUCGUGUCAGUUUAGGAUGCUUUAUAUUCUUUUUCGGAAUGUUUCUUACAACAUGUAACACGAAGAAGUUGCAUCAAGCCCGCAACCAAUGGCAUUCUGGAUGGUGGGCUCUGAAGUUUGUUAUACUGAUUAUCUCCUUGGUGAUUCCAUUCUUUGUCCCGUCCGAUUAUAUUCAAGUUUAUGGUGAAAUUGCUCGCAUUGGCGCGGGGAUAUUUCUUCUUCUCCAACUUGUAAGUGUUAUUGAGUUCAUCACGUGGUGGAAUGACUACUGGAUGCCUGAUGAGAAAAAGAAACAUAGCUGCUCUCUGGGAAUAUUCAUGUCAACCUUAUUCUACAUUGGUUCAGUUUGCGGGAUUGUUUUGAUGUUUGUGCUCUAUGCCUCAAAGGCAUCCUGCACUCUCAACAUAUUCUUCAUCUCCUGGACAGGAAUUUUGCUAGCCGUAAUGAUGAUUAUAUCCUUGCAUUCUAAGGUGAAUAGAGGUCUUUUGUCUUCAGGGAUUAUGGCUUCUUAUAUUGUUUUCCUUUGUUGGAGUGCUAUCAGAAGUGAACCAGCUACUGCUAAAUGUAGCCCUCAGACCCAAGAUAGCGGACAUGGAGGUUGGACAACUGUAAUUGGCUUUUUUAUAGCUGUUUGUGCAAUUGUCAUGGCAACUUUUUCCACUGGAAUUGAUUCACAAACCUUUCAGUUUCGUAAAGACGACAUUCAAUCGGAGGAUGAUAUCCCAUAUAAGUAUGGCUUUUUCCACUUGGUGUUCUCCCUGGGGGCCAUGUACUUUGCAAUGCUAUUCAUCAGUUGGAAUCUAGAUAGCUUGACAAAAAGAUGGUGCAUUGAUGUUGGCUGGGCUAGUACAUGGGUGAAGAUCAUCAAUGAAUGGUUUGCGGCCACAAUAUACUUGUGGAAAUUGAUUUCCCCUGUAGUGAGACAGAACAAAGUUAUGCACCACGAAGAGCCUGUGCAGGGAGUAUAAAAUCUAGCUUCAGGAUUUUGGAUUUUGUUCUUCCACGAAUGUAUAAAUCGAGCACAAGUUCUUUUUUUUGGCAGAUUUGUAUCUCUAUUUUUUUUCUUCAUUUGUUGUGGCAAUCAAAUUGUGUGUCAGAGUACAAAAUAAAGAUAACCCCUGAAAAACAAUAAGUAGUAUUUAAUGUCCCUACUAAGCAAAUAAAGCACAUGCUUCGUCCA